UCACAUUCGGAAAACAUCGUCAAAACAACAGCCCCCGUUAUACGCCUUAUAACGAGGAGAAUAUCACGCCGCUAUACCCUGCUAUCUGGAUGACAGGGUCCGACUGGUGCAAUAUCAACGCUUGUUUCAUAGACGUGACAGUGUCAAGUGAAUGCCAGUUGUGGUGAUACGGUUCAUACUUGUCAGCUGUGUUUCAAUUAGACAUGGGUACCGCUGAAGAGAGAACACCCCUGUUAAGUUCGGGGGCGACUGAGAAAAACUACAACGACGAUGUCAUCUUCAAGCCUGGCGAUACCUCCAAGGAAAAGGGAGAUGAAGAGAAAAAAACAAAAUCAGCGACAUUUGGAGAAAUGUUCCAGUUUGCGACAUGCCUGGACUAUUUCUUCAUGUUUGUUGGUACACUGGCAGCAAUGGUGCAUGGAUCUGGCUGGCCUCUUCUCUCCAUUGUGUUUGGUGAGAUGACCAAUGACUUCAUCGGGACUGGUAAUGGCUCCUUUCCCGAUAUGAAUGGGACAGCUGGCAACUACACCACCCCUAUAGACUUUGAGGCACAGAUGACGCAGUACGCUCUGUACUAUGUCUACAUUGGGCUGGGAGUCAUGGCCGCCUCAUAUAUGCAGGUGGCCUUCUGGACGAUGUCCUGUGAACGUCAGGUGUACAAGCUGAGAAAGGCAUUCUUUAAAGCUGUUCUGAGACAAGAGAUUGGCUGGUUUGAUGAACAUCAGAGUGGUGAAUUGACCACACGACUUGCAGAUGAUAUGGAGAAGUUAAGAGAAGGUAUUGGAGAUAAGUUCAGCUUGUGUGUCCAGUUUUUCUCAGCGUUCAUCUCAGGAUUUAUCAUCGGCUUUAUAAAGGGAUGGAAGCUGACGCUGGUGAUGAUGUCACUAACUCCGGUGCUUGCUAUAGCAGGUGCAUUCAUGUCCAAGGCUAUUGCAUCAUUUUCAAAACGGGAACAAGAGAAGUAUGCUGAGGCAGGGAGUGUGGCUGAGGAGGUGCUGUCCUGUGUCCGAACCGUCAUCUCAUUUAAUGGGCAAAAACAAGAAAUAAAAAGAUAUUCCAGUGCUCUUGUGGACAGUAAGAAACUCGGCAUACGGAAGGCAGCCAUCACUGGUGUUGGUAUGGGCAUCACGCUAUUUGUCAUGUUUUCAGCCUACGCUCUGGCAUUCUGGUUUGGCUCAACUGAGGUGGCAAAGUGGCAAGAAUCCAACAUGGUGGAAGGAUUGUCUCCUGGUAGUGUCUUCACUGUGUUUUUCUGUGUCAUGAUUGGAUCCUUUUCCAUUGGCAAUGCGACUCCUCAUGCCAGCGCCAUAGCAACUGCUAAGGGAGCAGCUUCCACUGUUGUGGAUAUCCUCAAGAAUAUACCAUCAAUUGAUGCCGCCUCAGAUGCUGGGAUACGACUCCAGACUGUCAAAGGACUCAUGGAGUUCCGAAAUGUGGAGUUUUCUUACCCUACCAGGAAAGAUGUAAAGGUGAUGAAAAACUUCAACCUGACCGUUCAGCCUGGGCAGACCGUGGCGCUAGUUGGCGCCAGCGGAUGUGGCAAGUCUACCACUGUCAACCUCAUUCAGAGGUUCUACGACCCAGAUGCAGGAAAUGUGUACCUGGAUAACACCAACUUGAAGGAACUGAACAUUCGAUGGCUCAGAGAAAAUAUUGGAAUCGUGUCGCAGGAACCAAUUCUGUUUGGCUGUACUAUCAGGGAGAAUAUUCUCCUUGGCAACCCUGGCGCAACUGAGGCAGCCAUCAUUACAUCUUCAAAGCAGGCUAAUGCUCAUGACUUCAUCAGUAAACUGCCCCAGGGUUAUGACACACUGGUUGGAGAGCGGGGAGCUCAACUGUCCGGAGGACAGAAACAGAGGGUGGCCAUUGCCCGUGCCUUGAUCCGAGACCCCAAGAUCCUUCUGUUGGAUGAGGCCACCUCAGCUCUGGAUUCUUCCAGUGAGGGUGUUGUGCAGGCAGCUCUUGACAAGGCUAGAGAAGGACGCACGACCAUCGUGGUUGCUCACCGACUGUCCACCAUCCAGAAUGCAGACAUCAUCUACGUGCUACAGGAUGGUGAGGUUGUGGAACAGGGCAAACACUCAGAACUGAUGUCCCACAACGGGCCAUACUACCAGCUUGUCACGCUACAAACCAUCGCAGAGGAAGUGGACAAUGAUGACCGGAAUGGAGAUUCCUUCAAACGUGUGGACUUCAAACGCCAGUCAUCGAGUGUCAAGUCGCCUACAGUAGAUCGCCAGACAUCCCGUCAGCUGUCACGGCAAACAUCAAAACCAAAAACGAAGGAAGAGGAGGCGGAGGAAGAGGAAGAGGAAGUCGACAAGCCUGGGUUUUGUCGAAUGAUGCAUGAGAACGCACCUGAACUGCCAUUCAUCAUCAUGGGGUGCAUCGCUGCCUCCCUCAAUGGCUGCACCAUGCCACUGUUUGCGGUGUUUUUCAGUGAAAUUAUCAGGGUGUUCGGAGAGACGGGAGACCAACUGAAGGAUGAUGCUGUAUUCUGGAGCCUCAUGUUCCUGGCACUAGGCGGUGCUAACUUCCUCACUAACUCCAUCCAGACCUAUUCCUUUGGCCAAUCAGGCGAGAGACUCACAAUGAGGCUGAGACUGAAGGUAUUCAAGAACAUACUCCGCCAGGAUGUGGCCUACUUCGAUGACCCCAAGCACUCGUCAGGUGCCCUGACCACCAGACUGGCUACAGACGCAUCCAUGGUCAAGAAUGCGACAGGCAUUCGUCUCGCUACAAUGAUUCAGUCUAUCGUGGGACUGGUCGCAGGUCUUGUCAUUGCUUUCAUCUUUGGGUGGAAACUAGCUCUAGUUGUACUUGGAGGUGUACCUGUCAUGGCAUUAGCAGGUGCUAUACAGAUGAGGGCUGUGACUGGAAACCAGAAACGUGACUCGAUCCUUGAGGAUGCUGGAAAGACUGCUGCGGAAGCUAUAGAGAAUGUCCGGACUGUUCAGUCACUUACAAGGGAGACACAUUUCUACGAGCGGUAUUGUACAGAGAUCCUCAAACCUUACAAAGAGAACUUGAAGCAAGCCCACGUGUAUGGCGUCACCUUUGGCUUCUCACAAGGCGUCGUGUUCCUGCUGUACGCCGGGGCAUUCCGGUUCGGGGCCUACCUCGUCUCCAUCAACGACAUGGCAGCAGAUUCUGUAUACAGGGUCUUCUUCGCCAUAGCCUUCACUGGAAUGGCCGUUGGUCAGGCGUCCUCUUUCCUGCCUGACUACACAAAGGCCAGACUCUCUGCCGGACUUAUCUUCAAACUACUGGACUUCGUCCCCUUCAUAGACAUCUACAGCAACAAGGGCAUCGUCCAGAGUGACGUGAGAGGCGACAUCACGUUGAAAGACGUCCAGUUCCACUACCCUAUGAGACCUGAUGUCCAAGUGUUGAAGGGGUUGAACAUUAACAUCAAGCCUGGAAACACUGCAGCGCUGGUCGGAGUCAGCGGAUGCGGGAAGAGCACAGUUGUGUCCCUUCUUCAGAGAUAUUAUGACACAACCAGUGGGGAAAUUUUGAUCGACGGCACAAAUAUACGCGAGUUCAAUCUCGCGACGUUGAGGUCAUUCAUCAGCGUCGUCAGCCAGGAACCGAUUCUGUUUGACUGCAGUAUUCGGGAAAACAUCGCAUAUGGCCUUGAGCGUGACGUCAGUAUGGCUGAAGUCAUCCAGGUUGCCAGGACAGCCAAUAUCCACGAGUUUAUUUCUAACUUACCCCAGGGGUACGAGACGGCUGUUGGGGAGAAAGGGACCCAGCUGUCUGGGGGUCAGAAGCAGCGAGUCGCCAUCGCCCGGGCACUUGUUCGCAACCCACGCAUCCUCCUCCUGGAUGAAGCAACCUCUGCGUUGGACACUGAGAGUGAACAGAUUGUGCAGUCGGCUUUGGACAACGCACGUGAGGGAAGGACUUGUCUCGUCAUUGCACACCGACUUUCCACAAUACAAAACGCUGAUGUCAUUUUCAUGAUUGAGAAUGGAUCCAUCAUUGAACAAGGAUCCCACCAAGAACUAUUAGCAAAGAAAGGUGCUUACUCGACAUUAGUGGAAGGCCAACAGUUCAACAAGUCUUGAAGAAAUGUACUUUCUAGAAAACUAUUUUUCUAAUAAUUUGAAGUAAUAGAGUAAUUAGAAAACAUUUACAUCGUUCAACUGAUCCAAUACAUCAAAUACAUUAUUUAUUAAAUAUUUCUUUAUGAUUUUGUUACUUAUUCCAUUAACCGACUACAAGAAUAAUUAAAUUGCAGGAGAAAAUUCAGUUAUAUAUAUGUUUGUCAUUUACACUGAGAAUUGUGAUAAAACCUGUUUCAUGUAUCUUGAUGUUUUAUUUCCGAUCAACUCAUGAUUGAUUUGUUCUUUGUGAUAUGAAGUGGUGACUAUAUUUUUAUCUGAUACAUGUACUUUGUGUUGUGCUUCUAUUUUUUGACACACCUUUGUUGUGACAACAUGACAUUGUUUCAGGUAUUCUUGCAACAUUCAUUUAGAUUCACAAAGAUUACAUGAUAUAGUAUUUUAGAUGUCCCCGUCUUCUUAAAUCUAAAUUUGCAUGAAUGCAAAAACAUGACUAUUCAGUGAGUAUGGUUUUACGCAUGUUUUAGCAAUAUUACUGCGGGGUACACCAGAAAUGGGCUUCACACAUCUUACUCAUGUGUGGUAUCGAAAACGGGUCUACAGUGUGAUGAGCGGACGCUUUAAUCACUGGGCUAUCCCACAGCCCCUGAGAGAGAGACUGCCUGACUGAGUUGAUUUUACGCCGCUUUUAGCAAUAUUCCAGCAACAUCACAGCGGGGGACACCAGUA